UAUAUUUCCCGCAGUACCUGAAGGCAGCAUAAUACCUCUUGCUGCAUUCACUGUCCUCUUGUCGCAUAUCGAUCCCGCUAGCCGAUCUCUAGCUUUUGUAUCAGAAUGGUGUCCCUGUUGUGUACAUGUUUGUCCGUAGUUUCUGGCUAAAUGUAUCUGGCAUUUGGGGGCCUUAAUGUUCCGCGCAGCUAAUCUAAAAACCAUCGGCAAAGCGGGAACCGGCUGGCACUUCAGCCGGACGAUGGACGAGCUGGUCCACGACCUGGUGUCCGCGCUGGAGGAGAGCUCCGAGCAGGCCGCUCGUGGUGGUUUCGGAGACGGGGGAGACCACGCGCUGGCCGUGGGCUGUCUGCUGAAGAGGCAGUCUCGGAAGCGGAGGGGCAGAAAACGACGCUCGGACAACCCACACCCGCCGUGGGAGACGGGCCACCUCAGUGAGGGUUCGGAGUCCAGCGUGGAGGAACACAAGGACUACCGUGCCAGCGCAGGAGGAGUCUCCGCCGCCAACAGCCAUGCCCGGGACAACAGCGACUCGGACGAACAACUUGGGCCCAAACGGCGCGCCCCUCUGACCGCCGACUCCGGACGGGGCAAGCGGCCGAUUUGGCCCGACGACUUGGGCGUCCUGGGGUCCGCCGAGGGAACGCGCAGCCUCCGGCGGAGGCGGAAGGUGAAGCGCAUGGCCGUGGACCCACCCGCGGAGCCGGAGCCGCACUCCUGCACCAUGCUCGGGCCGCCGCCUGUUCCCAAAGCCCGUGCCGGCGCCAGGCCGCACAGACUGGGCCCGAGUGAGGUCAGGGGGGCGAUGGAGCUCGGCGGCGGCGGCGGAAUGACGGGGCCGGCAGCGGGGAAGAACAGGGUGAAGAAGAGGAAACUGGCUCCCUACAGGCUGGGAACGGAGGCGGCAGAUGAAGGGGUGGUGGUGGAGAGCGAGGACCCCUUUGCCUCCCCAACGGAAGGGUCCAAGGACAAGAUGGAGCUGGAGGAGCAGAAGGGUUCAGAUGAGGACAUGAGUGACAGGUGCGAGACCAGCAGUGUCAGUAACAGCAGCGACGGAGGCCUCUACACCAAUGAUGAGGGGAGGCAAGCCGACGACGAGCAGAGCGACUGGUUCUACGAGGGCGAGCCGGGCUCCGGGUCAGCACUCGGAGGAGCGUGUGGGAUAGCGGGCGUGGUUCCUUGGUGGGAGAGGGAGACGGGCUCAGAGGAGCUGGACCUGGCGGACCCGGUGUUCAACAGCAUCCUCACGGGAUCCUUUCCCCUCAUGAGCCACGGCGUACAAAGAGGGUUCCAGGCCAGGCUGAGUCGUCUCCAUGGAAACCAGCAGGCAUCUCAGGGAGCCAAUUCCAGUCAAGGCUUCAGUGACAGACUGGGCAGGCCGACCCAGGACUCCCAUGAGCCUUGGUUUAGCUCGGGCUCGAGGAGAGAGCACGGACAGUUGCACUGGGACCCACGGUCAGACAGAGGGCAUCGGAGAAGCUGCUCAGUAAAAACCGCCAGCAGACAGACCAGCGGGCACCUCGGCUCUCUGUGUACCGGGGAUGUCAAGCGGAGGCGAAAAGCAGCCCCCCUCGGUUCCGCCGCCCCCUCAGUGGUCGGGGAGAAUGCGGCUCCGAUCCCCGACUCGAACAUGGGCAGCCGGAUGUUGCAGAGCAUGGGCUGGAGCCCGGGGACGGGCCUGGGUCCGGAGGGCAGGGGCAUCACGGAGCCCGUCCGGGCCACGCAGAGACCCAAGGGCGCCGGCUUGGGCUUCAACUGAACACCCGCUGUCUGGACCGUAAGCCCGAAGCAGGCUGGGCGAAGAUGCCCGAGGACGUGCGAGGCGUGAGGGAGACGGACUCAAGGCGAUGAACGAUUUAAAAAAAAAAUUUAAAAAACGGUCCACAAUAAUCCAGGCAUGUGUUUUCAUGAGAAGGGAAGGAAUGCGGUUUUACUUAGCAACAGUCUGUGAUGAAAGAGAAACCUUCCCAUAUUGAGGAAAGUUGCUCGGCACAGAGUGAAAGAAACUGAGCUGCAGAAGAGACUCCUCCCAAUGUCUUCUCAGGAAACUCCACGUUGGAGAAAAGGAAGGGCAUUGACACGUUUAGUUUGUUAUUCUGAGCCCAAGAUGACAGCACGGUUUGUUGUUGUGGUCACUGAAUUAACGAUGAACGGUUUUGUCCCAUAUUGCACAAUAACUUUUGGAAUCAGAGAAUGUUUGAGCAGGUCAUACCUCAACAUUUAUUUUUUAGGUAAUCAAGUAAGGCUAUACUGUUUGGACGUGUGUUCGACUAUCUGAACCUCCCCUUUUUUUUAUAAUACAUUAAUUUAAUGGAAAGUCAUAUCAUCAGAAUGUUUUUAUAAAUCUAUCCAAAAACCAAGAAAAGAUCAAACCCAACCCCCCCCCCCCCCCCCGCCCCCUUCGUUUGGCACCAGCAUGGAAGCAUGUGACUCGCUAAGGAAGCACGCGAGCUAAAGUCUCGCCUGCCUUGGACUGUCCUUUUAGUUGCUGUGAUUCUGCCGUAUAAUUAGCCACGCUAAGGUACACGAGGACGUGGCUGUAUUAUUACUGUGGUCACCAGCACCCAGCGGCUUCUCGCGGUUUUGGGAAUUCCAAUGAAAUAAUCAGUUCCUUUCUCUGUUCGAUGUCUCCAGAAGUUGAAGAAUAUAUUGCUGUAAUUAUACACAUAUAAAGGUCCUUUUUAAUUCCUUUUUGUCUCACAGGUGUUUUCACUUAUUUAUCCCCGAGGCUGCGGUUAAGGUGUAAUCAGAUAGAAGUGAACACACCUGUGUGACCCGCAGGUCCUUCAACUGAAAGCAACGUGCUACUUUAUGUUUUUUAAUUACUUUUAGACUCUUUGUUUGUUGUGUGUGGGUGAAGUUGUUUACCUGCGAUCCUCGUCUAUCAAUUCAUGUGCAGGUAGAGCUUAUUGUCUAGAAAACAAAUAAUAAAUGAAAUUAUGAAUUCAUAAAUGUUCAAGAAGUUGUGCCGUAUAAGUGUUAUUUUCCUCUACUCUGCUGUACCUGUUGAGCACCACUUGUGUGGUUUUUUUUUUUUACCACAAUGUGACCCUGCAGCUUAACAGGUGGUUCAAACCAAAGGCUGAUUGUGUAACCCUUAUUGAACCAGAGCCAUGCUGGAUUAUUUGUCCGUAUUAAUAUCUCACGUUGGAGUAUAGUUUGCCAUAUGUGUGCAUAUUAAAACACAUCAAACAGUU